ACCCACCUCAUAACUACCUCUACUUCUGUACAUUUCCACCCAAUUUCAUUCAUUCCAAUUCAAUUCAACUCAGAAAUCAAAUUCCAAUCCCAAUCUCUGAUCAAAUUCUAAUUCCCAGUUUCCAUGGAAUUCAAUCCCUCUUCACCUCCAACAAUCUCAGUAGUUUCCACUUUCGCCAACCCCUUCGACAUCAACUCCAACAAUUCGUCCUCUCUUCUUCAAAUUAGCGACCCCAACACUCUAAAUCCCAAUCCCCAAACUAAAAAACCCAUAGCCUUAUGGCCCGGAAUGUACCACUCUCCGGUCACCAAUGCUCUGUGGGAAGCUAGGUCUAAAAUGUUUGAUAGACUCCUUGACCCACCUAAAGAUGCUCCUCCUCAAAGUGAGUUGCUUACUAAACUUCCUAAUCAGAGCCGUACGAGCAUUUUGUAUAAUCUUUCUACUGAUUAUAUACUUAGAGAACAGUAUAGAGAUCCUUGGAAUGAAGUUAGGAUUGGGAAAUUGCUUGAGGAUCUUGAUGCUUUAGCUGGCACCAUUUCUGUCAAGCAUUGUUAUGAUGAUGAUUGUACAACAAGGCCACUCUUGCUGGUGACUGCUUCUGUUGACAAGAUUGUUCUAAAGAAGCCGAUUAGCGUUGAUGUUGAUCUCAAAAUAAUUGGUUCUGUCAUAUGGGUUGGUCGGUCAUCCAUUGAAAUUCAACUGGAUGUCAUUCAGUUCUAUAAAGAAGGCUCUGAUGCUUUAAACUCAGUUGCUCUUACGGCAAACUUCAUUUUCGUGGCUCGUGACUCGAAGACAGGGAAAGCUGCUCCAGUGAAUAGGCUGUCACCAGAAACUGAUGAAGAAAAGUUACUAUUUGAAGAAGCGGAAGCAAGGAGUAAAUUGCGGAAAAGAAAGAGAAUAGAUGAGAGAAAGGAAUGCGAGAAUGGGGGUGUAAAUAGACUUGAAGCACUGUUGGCUGAAGGAAGAAUCUUCUGUGACAUGCCAGCAUUAGCAGACAGAAACAGCAUUCUUUUACGGGAUACUCGCCUUGAAAACUCUUUGAUUUGUCAGCCACAGCAAAGGAACAUCCAUGGCCGCAUCUUUGGAGGGUUUUUGAUGCAUCGGGCAUUUGAGCUGGCUUUCUCAACUGCUUAUGCAUUUGCUGGAUUGGUCCCAUACUUUCUAGAGGUUGAUCAUGUUGAUUUCUUAAGACCAGUGGAUGUUGGAGACUUCCUGCGACUGAAGUCGUGUGUUCUUUACACAGAACUUGAAAACCCUGACCAGCCUCUGAUCAACAUAGAAGUUGUUGCUCAUGUUACGAGGCCUGAAUUGAGGUCAAGUGAGGUAUCAAAUACAUUUUACUUCACGUUCACAGUACGUCAAGAGGCGAAAGCCACAAAUAAUGGAUAUAGGAUUCGCAAUGUGGUUCCGGCAACAGAGGAAGAAGCACGCCGAGUCCUAGAACGCAUAGAUGCAAAGACCUUGCAGCCAAGCAAGACAUGCCCAACAAACAAUAUCUCCUAAUUGUUCCAAGCAACAGAAACGGAGACAGAAACGGAGAAACAAUCAUAGGUUCCUAGUAAUGAAAUAAGCAAGCCUGAUAUCUUAACAUAAAAUAUUCUUUAUCCUUAUGUACUGCAGAAGAGUAGUAUAAACUCUCUGCCUUAAAGUUGUAAUCAAUCAUCAUAAAUUUUUUAAUUGGAUAAAUAGAAAUCUGAAAUAAAAUUGCUGUCA